CAUCUACAGUAGCCAUUUUGAUCGUACUCAGUGCGUUGACAGACUAAUAAAUGGAAGAUUAAUUAGAAUCUUCCACAUAUUUUGUGUACUCAAAUUCGCGUUAAUGAAGUAAAGUGUAACUACAACAUGGCUCGAUACGGUCAAAGACCGGAAAAUGCCCUUAAACGGGCCAAUGAGUUUAUGGACCUGGACAAACCUGCUCGGGCUCUGGAUACCCUGCAGGAGGUUUUCCGAAAUAAGAAAUGGGCAUACAACUGGUCUGAGUCAGUACUUGAACCGAUUAUGUUCAAGUACUUGGAGCUUUGCGUCGACCUUCGCAAGUCGCAUGUUGCCAAGGAAGGUCUAUUCCAGUACAGGAACAUGUUUCAGUCAGUGAAUGUGGGGUCGCUGGAGCUUGUCAUAAGGGGGUAUUUGCGAAUGGCUGAAGAACGUACAGAAGCUGCAAGGGAGCAGUCAACUCAAGCUGUCAUUGAUACCGAUGAUUUAGACAACCUAGCGACUCCUGAGAGUAUACUCCUCAGUGCAGUGUCAGGAGAAGAUGCCCAAGAUCGUUCAGACAGAACAAUACUUACACCAUGGGUAAAAUUUCUCUGGGAGUCAUACUGUCAGUGCUUGGAACUGUUGCGUACCAACGCUCAUGUGGAGACUCUGUACCACGAUAUUGCUCGCAUGGCAUUUCAAUUUUGUCUAAAGUACUCCCGUAAGACAGAAUUUAGAAAGUUGUGUGAUAAAUUGAGGAAACAUUUGGAGGAUAUUUGCAAGCCUACUGUGCAAACUGGGAAUGUGAGUAUAUCAAAACCAGAGACGCAACAACUCAAUUUGGAAACUAGACUGUUCCAGCUUGACAGCGCUAUACAGAUGGAAUUAUGGCAGGAAGCCUACAAGGCCAUAGAAGACAUUCACAACCUUAUGAACAUGUCCAAGAAAACUCCAGUGGCCAAAACCAUGGCCAACUACUAUGGCAAAUUAGCACUGGUGUUCUGGAAGGCUGGACACUGUCUUUUCCAUGCUGCCGCACUGCUCAAGCUGUUCCAGCUGUCUAGAGAGAUGAAAAAGAAUAUCACCCAGGAAGAGCUGCAAAAGAUGGCGUGUCGGGUCCUGGUGGCUGUACUGUCUGUACCACUGCCGUCGUUGCACCCCGAGUUCGACAGGUUCGUCGAGACGGACAAGAGCCCCGUCGAGAAGGCGCAGCGAUUGGCCGUGCUUCUAGGACUGGCGCAGCCGCCGACCCGCGCGAGUCUACUCAAAGAUGUGAUCCGUUUGAAUGUGGUGGCGCUGGCAUCGCCUCAGCUACAACAGCUGUACUCCUGGCUGGAAGUGGAAUUUGACCCAUUAACGAUCUGUCACAAUGUUAAGGGUAUUAUUAAGUCGCUACAGGAUGAACCUAACUCGCCGCUGGCUCAGUACACGGCGGCCCUGAACGACGUGGCGCUCGUCCGUCUGAUCCGCCAGGUGGCGCAGUGCUACGCCUGCGUGCAGUUCUCUCGCCUUCUUGAGCUGGCCGGCACCGACGACCUGUUCCAUCUGGAAAGAUUACUUGUAGACUGUGUGCGGCAUAACGAUAUGCAGAUUCGGAUCGAUCACGCCAACAAGUGUGUAAACUUUGGCGUCGAAGCGGGCGGUGGCGAGUGGUGUUCCGCUGCCGAUGAAGCCUGCGGCGGCGCUAUACUGCAAGCUACUCCUGCUGAACAGGUGCGCGAGCAGCUGGUGCGGGCGGCGGCGGUGCUGGCGGGCGCGGCGGGCCGCCUGUUCCCGGCGCGGCGGCGCGCCGAGGCCGAGCGUGCGCGGCUGCACAUGCUGCAGCACUACCACGACAACAAGCACGCCGAGCACCACCGCGUGCUGCAGCGCCAUAAGAUCAUCGAGGAGCGCAAGGAGUACAUUGAGCGGCUCAACACCGUGCGAGAAGAGGAGGAGCUCAGGCGGCAAGAGGAGCAGCUGCGCGCGGCGGCGGCGGCGGAGGCGCGGCGGCUGGAGCUGGAGCGCGAGGAGCGCGAGAAGCGCAAGUACGCGUCCGAGAUCGCCGCCAUGAAGGAGCGCCACCGCCGCGAGCGCAUGGCGCACAUCUCGCAGACCGCGCACGGCAAGAAGAUGCUGCAGAAGCUCGACGAGGAGGAAAUAAAGAAAAUGGACGCGGAAGCUAUAGCCCAACGUGAGGCAGAGGAACUAAUGAAGGAACGCCGUGAAAUGCAGGCAAAACUGAAGUCACAGGAAAAGAAGGUGGACUAUUUCGAGCGUGCGAAACGUUUGGAAGAGAUUCCAUUGUUGCAGAAGAGUUUGGAAGAAAAGCAAGUACAGGAUAAGGCGUUCUGGGAGCAACAGGAGGCCGAACGCAUCGCACAACUUAUCGAGGCCCGCGCGCGCGACGUGGCGACGUCGACGCGGCUGGCGCGCAUGCACGCGCAGCGCGACGCGUUCGUGGCGCGCGUGCGCGCCGAGCGCGGCGCCGCGCACCACCAGCGCCUCGCCGCCUUCCGCGACCAGCUCGCCGCCGAGCGCGAGCGGCGCCGCGCCGCCCGCCGCCAGCAGCGCGUCGAGCGCCGCCGCCAGGACUGGCUGGCAGAGAAGCGCCGUGCAGAGGAACGCGCUGCAGAGGAAGCGCGCCGCCUGCGCGAGGAGGAGGAGCGGAAGGAGCGGGAGGAGCGCGAGCGGAAACACCAGGAGGAGCUCGCGGCACUGCGCGAACGGAAGGAGCGAGAAGAACGAGAGCACCAGGAGAUGCUGGCACGUACAGAGGCGAAGAUCCGCGCUAAAGAGGCAGAAGUGGCGCGGCGACUGGAGGAGCAGAAGGCGGCCGCCGGCAGCAGCUGGCGCCGCGCCGACCGCGCCGACCGCGCCGACCGCGCCGACCGCACCGACCGCCCCGACCGCGACGACGCCUGGCGCGCCAAGGACACCAAGGAUGCCGACAAGAAACCCGAACCCUGGAGACCAAGUCGCGGUCGCGCCGAGUUGUCCCGUGAUGAUCGUCGCUCGCCUGACAGACGGCCGCGUGACGACCGCCCCCCGCCAAGAGACGACAGACGUGAUGAUCGUCCCCCAAGAGACGAUCGUCCCCCAAGAGAUGACCGUGCUGUGAGAGACGAUCGCGGGCCAAGAGAUGACCGUGGCCCAAGGGACGACCGCGGCCCAAGAGACGAUCGUGGCCCGAGAGACGACCGCGGACCAAGGGACGACCGCGGGCCGAGGGAUGAUCGUGGGCCAAGAGACGAUCGUGGACCAAGAGAAGAAGGAGCGUGGCGCUCCACUGCUGCACGUGAACCAGAUCGCGAUAGGGAAAGGCCUCGUUACGGCGGACGGUCAAGUGGACCGGAGAGCGGUAGUUGGCGACGUGCAGCCGCUGAUCCACCACCUGCACCAACGGAGCGUUCAGGCGCGUGGCGGUCAAAAGAUGCGCCUCCACGCGACGACCGCUACCGCGACGCGCCACGUGACCGUGACCGCGACCGCGACCGUGGCGACCGCGGCGACCGUGACCGCAGCGAUCGUGACCGCGACAGGGACUUCCGUGACCGUGAUCGCGACCGCUUCCCUCCCAGAAGAGACGACAGGGACAGAGACCGGGAACCACCAAGGAGGGAUGAUCGCGAUGCUCCCCGCCGUGACGACCGCGAUCGACGCCCGCCGCCACGACGCGACGACAAACCUCGCGACCCUGAAGAAGAUGAAUGGCAACCAGUCACAAGACGUUAAUUCUACUCCAAUGUCACCAACUUUUUUUUUUAUGGGUUUAGUAGUUAUUUACUUACAAAACUUAAACUCAUGCCUGACUUCUUUCGAUCUAUCUAUCUUCUAUCUUUUGAUAUCAGAUCACGCUCUCACAUGAUAAGUCUGUUAAAUUUGUUUGGGACUUAAUAAACAAUAGAUCGAUUUGCAUUACAACUGUCCUAGAUAUUUUAUAUUUAUAAUCAGAUUUGGAAGAAUUUUCCCAAAGAUGGUUGACGUCGGGCAGGCGACCGGUCGUAUAACUAAAAGUGAAAUCUUUUUGUAAUAUGGAUAAAAACAUUACGCCGACCCCAAAUAAUUGGAAAAAGGGUAGGAAGAUGAAUCUGAUUGAUGAACCAAAGUGUAGCAUACUCCUAUAUGCUACACUUUGGUUUCAAGAACACUUCAACGCUAAGCACGUCAUGUUGUUAAAUACUUAGGGUAUUUCUAUUUAUUGAUACUAGAUAAUAAGCAUCUAGAUGGCGCGACAAUUGUCAAAAAACGACCAGUCGACAAAUAAACCAAACAAUAAACAAUAGACAUAUUGUUCACUACCAACCAGAUUCAAGAACCACAGAAAUAAAAAUAUUUCACCGUGCCUUCUUAAACAUGACAUUGGCAUGAUAUGGCAGAUUCACCAGUCAAAAUGGGUGGCAGCCAUUUAAAUUGAAAAAAAGAAGAAAAAUAAACAGUAACCAUAAAAAAAUGAGCGUUUAAUAUAAUUAUUAUUCCGGUAGGCAUCUACUGAACCCUAACAUGUUUUGUCAACGUAUUAUUUAAGUACUUUUGAAAAUAUAUAUACACAUAUAACUAUUUGAUUUUAUUAUCCAUUUAUCCUACUAAAGUCUACUUUUUUUAGUCAAAAGCUACAUGUAAAUGUCUUGAUUAAAUACAGUGUAAUUUCUCUGUUCUUUCAUUCUUUCUAAUAUGUAAUAUAUCUAAGGGGAUAAUUAGACUGUCAUAUAUAUAGGAUCAUAUCCAUUUUGAGAUAUACUUGUUAGUAUGAUGUAGGUAACAACCAGAGGGCCUACCAUGAAGUAUUUUCCGAAAUUUCGGGGACGAACGGAACAGAAAUUUGAUGUUAAAAUUACAUAAUACAUGCUGUUUAAAAUUAUUAAAAAUGUUAAAAUAUCGUUCUUCUGGACUAUUAGAAUAGGAUUUAUGAUGAACGAAAUGUUAAGCUCCAUUUACUGUGUCGAUUUUGACACGAACAAAAACACGAAAUUGAGCCCGAAAUUUCGGAAUUUCAUUUCAUGGUGGACCACCAGGUCACUAAAACCAUAAAAAAAAUAACUGAUACAGCAAAAUAUUUGAUCACGAGAAAGUGUUGAUUAUUAUUACAAUAUAUAAUUGAAUAGAAUCCAUGCUAGAUGCAUUUGAUGCAUGCUAGAUGCACAAAUUUUACAACAUUUAAUUUCCAUCUUGUAUUUAUAUCACAGGAUAUGCACAUGGCCAUAUAUGUAAAUUUAAAUUCGACUAUUUUCCGCGCUUAGCCUCUCAUUUGAGCCGUGGUACGUAUGAGUCGCGGCUAGUACAGCCAGCCCAGCUCCGCCCAUAAGCACACAUAUGAUAGUGCAAUGACCUGCCUCUGAGAACUGAAUAAAUAGCAAUAAAAGCUUCAUACAAGUUUUGAAGGUACAAUGUAUUACACCUACUACAUGACGCGACGCUUAAUUAUACAAUUUAUAAUUAUUAUAACUGAAAGCUUUGAUUGUUAUUACGAAUAAAUUUUUUUUUCUUAUUUGUUCUAUUUGUGUUUGAAAUACAAAAUAACACUCAUACAUUAUCGUGAAAUAUAGAAAAUUAUAACGAUGCAACUGGCAGAUACUUCUUUUUUUUUUACAUCGCAGAUUAGCUAAUGCAAUAAGAUUGGUUUCAGAAAGCACAUUUAUUUAUAUAAGCAUAAAUGCGCAUAUUUAAAGCGAUUGAUAGGAGUUUAAACUGUGCAUCUAUAUACUCGUACAGCCCAUAAUCCAUCAAAAUCGUUUCUUUUUUUUUCAAUCGCUAAUAGCAUAGAUUAAAUAUAUCGAAUGACUUAGAGCUUUCCGCUUAGACAAAAUUAUAAACACAAUAAUUUAGUUUUGCAUAGAUUGCUAUUUGAAAUAAUAUAGGUCAAAGCAUUGCAGUAGAACUGCGCCAACCCACAUACUAUUUUUUUUUUACGGGACAAGGAAUUCGUUUAUAUGUUAUGUCUCAAUUUUAUAUGUUAUAUAAAGCAUUUAAUCUUUUAACUGUGCCACUGUUCAUGAAUCGAAUAUAAUAUUCAUAAUAA